AUGAGUAAAAUUAUUAAACCGCCAAAGGCAAGAACCGCUGAUUUCCGGACUCUGGAGAGAGAAUCUCGCUUUAUAAAUCCGCCAAAGGACAAAUCUGCAUAUCCAUUACUCCAAGAAGCUGUUCAACCCCACAUUGGAUCAUUCAAUGCUCUUACGGAGGGUCCUGGUGGUGGGUUAUUGAACCAAGCCGUCAAGGACAUUGGCGAAAAAGUUGUGUUUGAUGGUAAGACUACCGAGAGUGACUAUCUUGGUAACAAGCUGUCGUUGAGUGUUGAACAGGUUUCCAUUACGAAGCCAAUGUCUAACGAUGGUGUCACUUCGGCGGUUGAAAGGAAGGUAUUUCCUGCAGAGGCCAGACAGAGACUUUCGUCCUACAGAGGCAAACUUAUGCUAAAACUAAAAUGGUCCGUUAACGAUGGAAAUGAUGAAGUUUUCACCGAAGUGAGAGAUUGCGGUGGUCUGCCGGUUAUGUUGCAGAGUAAUAGAUGCCAUUUGAACAAGCUAUCGCCGGCCGAUUUGGUCAAGAAUAAAGAAGAGUCCGAUGAAGUUGGUGGUUACUUUAUCAUUAACGGUAUCGAAAAGCUGAUCAGAAUGUUGAUUGUACAAAGGAGGAAUCAUCCCAUGGCCAUUGUUAGACCAUCAUUCGCCAAUAGAGGUGCUUCUUACUCUCAAUACGGUGUGCAGAUCAGAUGUGUGAGGCCGGACCAAACGUCUCAGACCAAUGUCCUACACUAUUUGAAUGACGGUCAAGUGACAUUCAGAUUUUCUUGGAGAAAGAAUGAAUAUCUCGUGCCUGUCAUCAUGAUUUUCAAGGCACUUUGCGACACCAGUGAUAGAGAGAUUUUUGAUGGUAUCAUCGGAUCCGAUGUAACUAACUCAUUCCUGACAGAUCGUCUCGAAUUGCUACUAACGGGUUAUAAGAAAAGAUAUCCACAGCUGAAGAAUCGAAGACAGAUUUUACAGUAUUUGGGUGACAAGUUCAGAGUUGUUUUCCAGGCUUCGCCAGACAAGUCAGAUUACCAAGUGGGCCAGGAAGUACUAGACCGUAUUGUUUUAGUGCAUCUCAAUAAUGAUACCAACAAAGAUAAGUCCUCGAUGUUACUUUUCAUGAUUAGAAAAUUGUAUUCUUUGGUUGCUGGCGAGUGCUGCCCAGACAACCCAGAUGCUACCCAACAUCAAGAAGUGCUACUGGGUGGUUUCUUGUAUGGUAUGAUUAUAAAAGAAAAAAUUGAAGAGUACUUGCAAAGCAUCGUGGCACAAAUCAGAACGGACAUAAACCGUGGAUCGCCUAUCAACUUCAAAGACCGCAAAUACGUCACUAGGGUACUAAUGAGGGUGAACGAGAAUAUUGGUUCGAAAUUACAGUACUUCCUGUCCACUGGUAAUCUAGUUUCGCAAUCUGGUUUGGAUCUGCAGCAAGUUUCAGGUUACACUGUUGUCGCCGAAAAGAUUAACUUUUAUCGGUUCAUUUCGCAUUUCAGAAUGGUUCACAGAGGUUCUUUCUUCGCCCAGUUGAAGACUACCACCGUCAGAAAGCUGCUUCCAGAAUCCUGGGGUUUCCUGUGCCCGGUCCACACUCCCGAUGGUUCUCCAUGUGGUCUAUUGAACCAUUUUGCUCACAAAUGUCGCAUAUCGACUGAACAGUCAGACGUUACCAAGAUCCCAUCAAUAUUGUAUUCGCUAGGUGUAUCGCCAGUGUCUCAAACUUUUGCGGCUGGACCAUCCUUGUGUUGCGUCCAACUGGAUGGUAAGAUAAUAGGAUGGACCUCACAUACCCAAGGUAAGAUCAUUGCGGACACUCUACGGUUUUGGAAGGUAGAAGGAAAGACGGCAGGCCUACCGCUAGAUUUGGAGAUCGGUUAUGUUCCCCCUUCGGCCCGUGGUCAGUAUCCUGGUUUGUAUAUUUUUGGCGGUCAUUCGAGAAUGAUGCGUCCGGUUCGUUACUUACCUUUGGAUAAGGAAGAUAUCGUGGGGCCCUUCGAACAAGUCUACAUGAAUAUCGCUGUGACCCCUGAGGAGUUACAAAAUAAUGUGCAUACACAUGUGGAGUUUACACCAACGAACAUAUUAUCGAUCCUGGCCAAUUUGACGCCAUUUUCCGAUUUCAACCAAUCGCCUAGAAACAUGUAUCAGUGUCAAAUGGGUAAGCAAACUAUGGGUACUCCUGGUGUUGCGCUAUGCCAUCGUUCGGACAACAAACUUUAUAGACUGCAAACGGGACAAACGCCAAUCGUCAAGGCCAACUUGUAUGAUGAUUAUGGUAUGGAUAACUUCCCCAACGGUACGAACGCUGUCGUUGCUGUUAUCUCUUACACCGGGUACGAUAUGGAUGAUGCUAUGAUUAUCAAUAAAUCUGCGGACGAGAGAGGUUUUGGCUAUGGUACCAUGUACAAAACGGAGAAGAUUGAUCUUUCACUAAACCGGAGUCGUGGCGAUCCAAUCUCACAGCAUUUCGGUUUUGGAUCCGAUGAAUGGCCAAAGGAAUGGUUGGAAAAACUGGAUGAAGAUGGUUUACCAUACAUCGGGACCUACGUCGAAGAAGGUGAUCCGAUAUGUGCAUAUUUCGAUGACACUUUGAAUAAGACGAAAAUUAAAACUUAUCACUCAUCAGAGCCAGCUUACAUUGAGGAAGUUAAUCUGAUUGGUGACGAGUCGAACAAGCUUCAAGAGCUCCAGACCGUCUCGAUCAAAUACCGUAUUAGAAGAGUUCCACAAAUUGGUGACAAGUUUUCUUCGAGGCACGGUCAGAAGGGUGUUUGUUCUCGCAAAUGGCCCACAAUCGAUAUGCCUUUCAGCGAGACUGGCAUCCAACCGGACGUCAUCAUUAAUCCUCACGCUUUCCCAUCCCGUAUGACCAUUGGUAUGUUCGUCGAAUCCUUGGCAGGUAAAUCUGGUGCCCUACACGGGAUAGCGCAGGAUGCCACUCCGUGGAUCUUCAGCGAGAAUGACACUCCGGCAGACUACUUUGGCGAGCAGCUUCGCCAGGCAGGCUAUAAUUACCACGGUAACGAGCCGAUGUACUCCGGUGCCACCGGUGAAGAGCUGAGAGCAGACAUAUACAUCGGUGUCGUCUACUACCAGAGGCUGCGUCACAUGGUGAACGAUAAGUUCCAAGUCCGUUCUACCGGGCCCGUCAACAGCUUAACCAUGCAGCCCGUCAAGGGCAGAAAGAGACACGGUGGUAUCCGUGUUGGUGAAAUGGAAAGGGACGCCCUCAUCGGUCACGGUACUGCAUUCCUGCUGCAGGACCGUUUGCUGAACUGUUCAGACUAUACACAAACCUCAGUCUGUCGCGAAUGUGGCGCUAUCUUGACCACCCAGCAAAGCGUGCCAAGAAUCGGCUCCAUGUCGUCGGUUCGCUGCCGUCGUUGCGCCGUUAAGUUUGAUGACGCCAAGAGGAUGUUGAGCAAGUACCAAGGAAACGACAGCGUUUUUAUCGACGACUCCCACAUAUGGGAAGAUGGCCAGGGUAAUAAAUUUGUCGGUGGUGGAGAUACCACCACCGUGGCUAUUCCGUUUGUUUUGAAGUAUCUCGACUCGGAACUGGCAGCGAUGGGUAUAAGACUGCGUUACAACGUUGAGCCACGCUAA